GUUCAAGUUUACCAGUGCAAAACAAUCUGUUUCAAUUGAUUCAUCAAAACACAACAGAAAUCUCUAUUAGUGUGAUCAUCUUCUAUAUAAACAUGCACAUCCAACAAACUUUUGAGCAUCAAAAUGAGUCUAAUUCAAAAACAAAACCAUUGUUCAAAGAACUUUUCCAUGAACUCUGCAACAACCCUUUUACUUCGAAGUUUUCCUUUGUUUUUUUUCCUUAUCUUCUCAACCCCUCUUCCUGCAUCACCAAACAAGAUUCCAAAGCUGAGAACAUUCCUCCGAGACCCGGCUAAUACCAUAUCAGCCUCUGUUUCAGAGGACUAUGAAACUUUCUUUUACACCCAAACACUUGAUCAUUUCAAUUACAGGCCUGAAAGCUAUGCCACUUUUCAACAAAAGUAUGUGAUCAAUUUCAAGUACUGGGGCGGCGCAAAUACAAGCGCGCCAAUCUUCGCUUACCUUGGUGCAGAGGCUCCAUUGAGCAAUGAUCUAGGAAUUAUUGGAUUUCUCUCUGAUACAGCCCCUCAAUUUAAAGCUCUCCAAGUUUACAUAGAGCAUCGGUACUAUGGAGAAUCGGUACCAUUUGGAACAUUUGAGGAGGCAUUGAAAAAUGAAAGUAUUCGAGGGUAUUUCAACUCGGCUCAAGCUAUAACAGAUUAUGCAGAGGUGUUGUUGUACCUCAAGAAAAAUUUGUCUGCAAAUUAUUCUCCAAUUAUUGUUGUUGGAGGGUCAUAUGGGGGAAUGUUGGCUUCAUGGUUUCGGCUGAAGUAUCCUCAUAUUGCACUUGGAGCUGUGGCCUCGUCGGCUCCUAUCCUUUACUUUGAUGACAUUACUCCACAAAAUGGAUACUAUUCCAUUGUCACCAAGGAUUUCAAAGAAGCUAGUGAGAGUUGCUAUGAAACAAUAAGGCAAUCAUGGUCUGUAAUUGAUGAAGUUGCUUCCCAGCUCAAUGGCCUCUCAAUCCUGAGCCAAAGAUUCAAAACUUGCGCGAAGUUGAACACAUCGGUUGAGCUGAAGAACUACUUGGACUCAUUAUAUGCCACUGCAGCUCAAUAUAAUGAACCGUCAACAUACCCAGUGACUGUGGUCUGUGGCGGCAUAGACGGAGGAGGAGCAUCUCAAGAAACUGAUGUUCUUGGCCGGGUUUUCUCAGGUGUCGUUGCCUACUUUGGAAACAGGUCAUGCUAUGAUACAAAUUAUUUCAAUGAUCCUUCUGAUGAAACAAAUGUGGGAUUUCAAUGGCAAAUAUGUAGUGAGAUGGUGUUACCCAUUGGUCGAGGCAACAAUGACACUAUGUUUCCAGCAGCACCUUUCAAUCUAAGUAGCUUCAUUGAGGACUGCAAGAACUCGUAUGGUGUCUUCCCACGCCCUCAUUGGGUUACUACUUAUUAUGGAGGCCAUGAUAUAAAAUUGGUUCUCCACAGGUUUGCUAGCAAUAUCAUUUUCUCCAAUGGCUUGAGAGAUCCUUACAGCAGUGGAGGGGUAUUGGAAGACAUAUCAGAUAGUGUUCUUGCUGUUUCUACAGUUAAUGGGUCCCAUUGCUUGGAUAUUCUGUCAGCAAAGCAAAGUGAUCCACAAUGGUUGGUAAUGCAAAGGAAGAGAGAGGUCAAAAUCAUUGAAAAUUGGAUCACAAAGUAUUAUGAGGAUCUUCUUUUGUUCAAAAAAUAAAUUAAAAAUUGUUGAGACUACUCCAAUGUUGUUGAAUUUAAAUGGCCUGUGUCAUUUUAUGUUCCUCAUCCUAUUGUCAGUGAUUGAGCCAUUGUUAUCAUCCAAAAUAUAGCACAUGGCAACCACAUUUCUACUUCGACUAUUAUACAAAUUAAUAAAUUUUAUUUAUUUAUUAUUGGGA